AUGACCUAUUACGACCUUGGCUUGGGAUCCUGCGGGCUGGACGAUAGCGGCAAAGAUGACACAGACAGCAUCGUCGCUCUUUCGCAUCUCCAAAUGGGGGAGCAGUCAAACGACAACCCGUUCUGCGGCCGAACUAUUUCAAUACGUAUGGGAGAUAAGAUGACGGAGGCUACGGUGCGGGAUAAGUGUAUGGGAUGCGCCACGGAAGACAUCGACGUCUCCAAGGCUGUAUUCAACGAUCUUGUUGGCUCGCUUGAUGCGGGGCGCGUACGAGUCGAGUGGUGGUUCAACUAA